AACCACAGAUGUCGCCGGAGUCGCCAUUUCUCUCGUGGGUUGCAGAGAUGAAUGGUCACGCGCAGAUAAGCGCGGCAUCGGCCUGCAGUCGUGAUCCGACCCAAAGCCGACGAGCUGGAAAGAGCACUGACUGAAGACACGCGCCUAUGCCUGACCGAUCCUUAUUAGAUGUUACAGAUAUGAGGCCGAAGUCGGCCACACGUAUGUGUGCUAUCUGGGAUUAAUAUACAUGAUGAUAUCAAUAAACUUACUCAAGAGGGUUCAGCGCAACCGUGUCCCAGCAAAGAAAGUCUCCACUGAUACGACUCUCGUCUCGGCUCUUGGUGUACUGUGGUUCAACCGUUACAGUAAAGGCGCGUGCGCGUCCGCGGAUCCGACAUGGGUCCGCUCAGGAUCCGCUGAUUGACAGUAGAAUUUACGGCGCAGCCCGGAGGCGGAGCUGAUCCUCUGGGCGGCGCCAAACCGAAUGUGACAGUCACGCGGGUUUGGCGACUUGAAUGCGGAUCCGCCUAGGAGUCUCCUGCUGUGUGGGGUUACACCGGUGCACGUAAACGUCAUUCACAACUAGUUUGGUAAGUUCGGUUCGGUACACACUGCGUAACUGCGUGGAAUUUCUGUAAAUGCGGUUGUCACUACCUGUAUUUUUCGGGAGUUAAUACGGUUGUAGAAUCACUCCCGUAUUUUACUGAACUGUGUGUGUACAGAACGCGAUUAAGCACUAAAAGGUGAACUGACAACUUAAUUUAGCUGCAGUGUGUACGUGGCCAUUGAUCCGGGAAGCUCGAAUCUGUGAAUAUAUUGUCCAGAUAGCACACGUACGUCGCGGAGACGUCUGUGAAAGAUCGUAGCAUCUGGUUAACAUCGCAUUCGGUCUACCGUUUUUAGUGGUUAAUGAGCCGUCGUCCUUACCUCUAUAUUACGUCUAUACGAUGAAUCUUAAAUAUUUGAAAUCCGUCUUCCAUCUUCCGUUUUUAGUGGAUAAUGAGCCGUCUUCCUUACCUCUAUAUGACGUCUAUACGAUGAAUCUUCAACAUUUGAAAUUACGUGCUGCCACGCAGCGCCGGAUCGGCAGAUCAGCAGCUCGCUUAAUUAAGUUGUCUGCAUGGACGUGACAAAGCGGGGUCUAUUCUUUAGUCGCGUCGCGCCGUUCGCAUCCAGUGUUGACACGGAAAUAUAAAACUAAUUAUAUCAAAUACAUACAUUGAUGGUUCAUUGAUCUGCAUACAAUUUGACAAGCAUCGAAUUCAUAUUGUGUUGCAUUUUCCCCAACGAGUAGCCUACAUAACGUGUAAAAACAACAACAACAACAAAAGUACAGUUAUGCUUAUUUUGGAGAUUCUGCAUUGAUAAGUUUCACUGAUACAUUUAGUUUUACAUAUUGCACUUACACUUAAAUAGCUUUUUUUUGCUUUCGGCUCAGAAUAAUCAAAAAGGCACUCAUAUACUGCUUUCAUGGAUUUAAUUUUUAAAAUGCUUUAAAUGAUUUGCAAAGGGUGACCAUCAUAAUCUGGUUACAAAUCAGUACAUAUAAAUUAAAAUACAAGCUCAUAUGAACACUUUCUGGAACCCUUCAUGCACAAGUCUGUAGUUUGUUCAUCUAACCCUUUGUUUGCUUGAUCCCUGACAAAAAAUACAUGCAAAAAAUUGCCAGCCAAGUUGAGGUAAAGCUCGUUUCAAACUAACUGUAAUUCUACCUGCUUAUUAGGUGUGGUUCACAUAAUUUCGUUAUGCAGAAAGCAUAAAUUAGACCCUUCUUAGCCUACCAUGCUCUGUAUAAGGGGUGAUCCAUGGCUUUGUGUCAGAUGGUUCUUUGAGAACUGAAAUAGUGUAACACCUACCAAUUUUCACAUUCAUAUUUUGUUCCAAAUAAUGAUGCUUACAAACUCCAAUGAGCAAGCCAAAAGGUGACAAUAGCAAAGAAGACCCUUGUUGAUGUUUGAGGAGGAAUGAGGAAGAAUCCUUUGGAGGAAAUACGCUACACAAAUGUUCAUUUGAUUCAUAGUGCCUUACAGAAUUAAUGAUACUAACUUCCCAGAGUUGAUUAUGUCCCAAAGUUGAUUGAACAUUAAAACAAGCUUUCAAUAAAAAAUAAAUAAAUAAAUAAAUUAAUAAAAAAUAAAAAAAAGACACUUUAUGCUCUCAGCAGUUCCUACAUUAAAGGUAAAAUAUUCUCACAAAUAAGGGAAACUGUUUCACAGGGGGGUGAACUUUAUUCACAACAUAACACACAACAGCCUCUACAUAACACCAGUCUCAAAUAAAGAUUAUAAUGAGCUCUAAUAAAACAUUCCAUAACUUUUGCAAUGGACAAGGUGCAGACACUGGUUAUAGACUGCACUUAAUGAAUCUUGGGUGCCAGAUGUGGGAAUGAAGCUGGGGUAGCGGUAGAUCUGUGAAUCUAGGUUGAACCAUCUCCAAAGCUGUUUGGUGGAGAAAAGAAAUGGAAAAGAUGUUAGAGCAUUUUAUAAGAAAUAAUGUACAAGUUUACUGUGGGUUAAAAUACUUAUUUCUCACAAACAAUAUUGGGCAGUGAACACCAUGUACAAAGCAGCAACAUGCACACAAUCCUGUGAACAACCUCAGUACUAGAUACCACACAACAGCUGUGCCAAUGAAUUCAGAUUGAUGAACAUGAUUCUCACAAUAUUUAUAUAUAUUUUUUGCUCAUUUACCAGCAUUGCUGUGAAAGCUGAGUAACGAAUAAAACUGAACAAUGCUCUGACUACCAUACAAUCAAUUUUUAUAUACGUAAGAGCAGGAGAUAUUAUAUGAUUGACAGAUCUAAAACAUGCUCUCAUAAUCAAAACAAUCGCAUACAUGGAAGAAAACGGACAGUGAUCACAAUACUGUGGAGACACAGGUCGAAAAAAAAAAAAAAACCUCACUUUUUCACUAGUUUAGGGUUGGGCGGUAUAACAAAAUAUAAAAUAUGACAAUAUAUAUCAUGGCGACAAUGAAAAUGUCUACUCAAAGAUUUUGCUAUAUUGUUUAUAUCAGUGUUUCCCAACCUUUCUUUAUUCACUUUUGAUAAGUAAAUAAAUUCCACAGCACAUCACUACAUAAAAAUAUAACAAAACUGCACAAAAAUUAAUUGCUUCAAAUGGCAUAUAAAAGUAGAUGAUAUAUUAAAAGUAGUACUCACAUUCAAUGUGAAACUUGAGCUUUCUGGUAGAAACACAAUAAGGUCAUAGUAUGAUGUUGUUGGUGAUAAAAACAAAUUUACAUAUUGUCGCUGUCGGGCAAAAACACUAGCUUUAAUGGACAGUUUUUCUUGAGUAAAGAAAAUCGUGUACUUACGCAAACCUCAGUUCUUUAUUUUACCCUUGUACUGCAAACAAGCAGCGAUCUCAAACUCCAAACUUUAAGGGAUGACCAAUAGUGUAAAUUUUAUUAGCUCAUAACUGAUACAAUGACGAAAUAUAGAGAUACAUGUUUCGGCCCAAUGGCGUGAUGAUAUAUUCUUAUUUGUAUAUUCUCAUUUAUUUUUACUUUUUUUUUUUUGUAAUUUGAUAAUUUUCCACAGCACACUAAUGUGCCGUAGCACAGUGAUUGGGAAACAUUGGUUUUUAUAGUGGUAUGUAAAUAUAUAAUGCAGGACAGGACUACUUAAAGGGAUAGUUUCAAAAUUCUGUCUCAAUAGAGAGCCGUCAUCUGCUCAUGUAAAUAGAAGUGGCCGUCCUGAGGAGAGCUCAAACGUGGGCUAUCUUUCAUAAUUUCCAUAGGUUUGUCCACCUUUUUCCUACGCCCCACAGCGCUUUGGAAGAACUAUGGGUGUAACUUCCGUUAAUCUGUAAACAUUUUUUUUUUCCCCGUGUAGUGAUGCAUGGUUUUACCAAGCGGCAACCUCCCCCAGUUUCUUGUGAAGCCAAUACGGAAAUGACUUAAACUGCAAUUCAUCGACUGGCCGCUAGGGACAGGCUCCAAAAGAGAGCAGAAAUUCAUUGAGUCCCAUGUUAAAACUUUACAGCAGAAAAAAAAAACAUGUUUACAGCCUGGUUCAAAUUGUGGUUUUGGUCUAUACUGCUAAUUUUGCCCUUCAUGACAACUCUGAGGGGGGUGAAUUUUUUUAUAACUCAUCCGUUUAAAUUAUAUGAAGCUAUAAAGUUCUGCAUAAUUAAGGGCUCUUUCGCAAAGCGCUGAUGCAGAAGAACAUAGUUCACCCAAAAAUGAAAAUUGUGUCAUCAUUCACUUACCCUUAAGUUGUUCCAAACCUCUAUGAAUUUCUUUCUUUUACUUAAUACAAAAGAAGUUAUUUUGAAGAAUGUUGGUAACCAAGCAGUUGAUAGGCCCCAUGACUUCCAUAGUAUUUUGUUGUUGUUGUUGUUGUUGUAGGUAAGUAAAUGACAGAAUUUUCCUUUUUGGGUGAACUAUCCCUUUAAAACCAAAAACACAUACCUUGUUUUUAUUCAUUUUUGUUUAAUAUUUUUGUGACUUAUUGAGUGAUGUUUUAGCUUGAAUUUAAAUGAUCUUCCUUGAGUAACUAAGAUUUUGUCAUAAAAAUGCUAUUCUAAAAUGUCUACAAUUAAUCAGCCUCUCCUCGUCCAUAAAGGGCCAUCAGCACGGAAGAGCCUAGGUCGCUCCCAGAAAAGAUUCCAAUUAUUUAUUUACAAAGAGCAGCUUCUGUUCAUUACACCAAGACAUUAACCAUUCAUUUAAAGCAAACAAUCUACUGAACCUUUCAUGUCCUCGUCAGUAUGUCGGAAGCUUUCCGGACACGAUGAUCCUCAUUGCAGACGAUGUGCUGCAUACUGUCGUGAUCAGGCUCUUGAAGUCCUUCUUCAGAACCUCUGUCUGCCGCAGCCUGAUGUCGUUCACCCCCGAGCACUACAGCUCCGAUGCUCAUCACCAUUCAGGAUCGCGGAUACCUGCGCAGCAACAUCGAGAACACGAGCACCAGGAAAAGCAGUGACUGCGCACCUUACCUUUAGCUGAGGUAGCAUGGAUGUGGCGGACAAUUGAAUCACAGAUGAUCACACCAUAUUCAAUUUGAACACUGGGAAUGAUAACUUGCUUUUCAAAUAUACACAAAAAAUGAAAUGUUGCUUUUUAUCUAAUGAAUCUGAGAAAUAAUUAAAUUAUUAAAAUAAUCCCUGGUUGCAGCCCUAAUAAAAUAAAACAGUCAUGUAUACCAAUAGUCUGCUAAACAAUUCAUUACCUUGUCUACAUGUGAGAAGAAGUUUGGUGGUGGAAGGUGGACACCCAAGAUUUGGCCUGCACUUUCCACAGCUGGUACACCCCAGUGGCUGUGGUGAGCUAGCAGCAGAAUGAAGGAGAUCAGCUCAAAAUCUGCUUUACAAUAUUAUUGGUCAUAUUUGAGUUAAUCCAUCUCAAGUGGUCCAAUGGUCCCCAUUUAAAGUUUGCUUAGACCCUCUGGUGGUCACUGGCCCCUGAUUGAGACUGACACACAUAAUCUAUUUUAGGUUUGGGCGGUAUGAUAAUAUAUUGUGGUUACAAUAUAAAGUCUCUACCAACGAAGAUUUUGCUAUAUCAUUUAUAGUGGUAUGUAAAUAUAUGCCGCGCAAAGCUACUUAAAGUUAUUGACAUGUUAGAGCAAUAAAAAAAAACAUGCAUAAAUGAGAAUAAAGUGCAGGACAUGUCUGAUGUAAAGGGAAAAAAUAAAAAAUUAAGCCUAACAGUACUUUUGCUAUCUGACACAUUUGAAAUGCUGCUGUCUGGUGUAGACAUGGUGUAAGGAAAAACAAGGUGCAAAAUAUUUAUAUAUGUACAAGAGGUGUAAUGGUUCAAAUUACUCAUGUUUUGGUCUGUAUCAUGGUUGAGUCACCGUAGUCACCACUUCGGUACUCUUAGGUAUGUGCUAUGUUAAGAAAAAAAGAUGGGAAAAAAAAAAAAAAAAGACUACUGUCAAAUAAAAAUAAAGAAAAGUACAAAUAAUCAAAUACAAGCAGUAGCACAAAUAAAUACAAAGCAAAAAUAUAAAUUAAAUUAAGCAGUGCUUUUCAGAUUUUAAGGUCUUAACAGUAGUUUUCAGGUACAGAAAUUGAAUAAUCAAACACUCGUAUCGAACAAAGUUUACAAAGAGUGACUGUUUUGUCCAUGUUUUUUCACCAUUGCUGUUGUAAUGUUAUAAAGCCAGAAUGUUCCCAGACAGGAUAUUUUUAUGAUGAAGAUUGUUCUAUCAGUGGCUUGUCUCCUUCCACUGCCAUGCUGAACCGCAACACACUAAUGAACUGUGAGGAACAAAAGUUAGCAGAACUCAAAACAUUGUUUUUACCAAACCAUAUUACAGAUAACAUUCAGAAUGAUUUGAGAUUAACCGCAGUGCGAAUGUGUGCCGAACCGUGAGUGGAGAAUGGUAUUGUUUAUUUUUGUUAAACGAGAACCGUUACACCCCUAAUAUGUACAUGUACCUUGUAAUGUGCUCUAAAGAUCAGUUUUUGUUUCAUGGAGCUCGAACCAUACUGAGCUGAGAUACUGAGGCUUCUAGAAAUGUCCGUAUAGCCACAAUUUGUUGUGAGCCAUGAGACAAGCACAGCCACCGUGGUUAAAAUAAAAUAAAAAUCUAAUGGUUUUGCAAUACCAAUACAAAGGUCAUCACUCAAAAAAAAAAAAAAAAAAAAAAAAAGAGAAAAUUAAAAAUGGCCAAGCAACCAACUUUACAAUUUUUGGACCGCCUGACCGGUUUACUCUUGUACGUUGAAAAUCUGUGGAUAAAAUACAGUCAUCGUUUUUGCAGUUAAAAAAAAAAAAUAAUAAUAAUAAUUAUAUUGUACCUGAAAAUGUAGUUUGUGGGAGAAGAGACAACUGGACCUGUAGCAAAACGAUGGAACUCAGAUGGCCAAUCAUGGUGGCCUCCAUACAAAGACCGGUUGCCGAAGAGUGUCAGGAUGGAGGCACCACAGCCAAACAUCAGGCCAGAUUUCUGAAUCAGGUAAGCAGAAUAAACAUUAUUAAAACAGAUGGCAAAGUCUCAAGUACAUGACCUCCAAUGGCUUUCAUAAAUGAAAUUUAGGAACUUAAUUUCUAUCAGCAUAUUUUAACAACAUUGCCCAAAUGAAAUGCCUGGAAAAUUAAUAAUAAGAUAAUAUUUUACCUGAUGUCAGAAAGUUGAACCUCCUUAAAAGAAUCUACUUAAAGCCAGUCAUUAAAUAUGAAAAUCUCAUGAAAAAUUACUAAAUUACAUAAUUACAUAAAAAAAAAAAACCACACAAAAAUUACACAUACAAAAAAAGCAUAGGAGUAUGGUUCUCCAGUGGAUGUGUGGAGAAGAAACAUUUAUUAAGCCUUAUAAAUACAGUGACAUUACUAAAUGCUCAUUACGUGCCAUUGGGGUUCCUGCAUCCAGCUCAGUGACACGUCGCGAGGCCAUUCAUAAAUCACGUGAUCACAAACCAUUUGUAUCAGAUAACCGUUGUGAUUUACUACAGUACACUCGACCUAUUGACCCCUCAACAUUUCUUUCGCAAUUUACCUCAGUAAUCUGUAAAUACUAACAUUUCUAUAUAUAGCGUUCCUGUUUAUUAUUAAUUACGCGUUCGUUUUUUACAUAUUUAAAGUUUUAUUUGGUUAAGUCGGCUUUAAGUUGUUGUUUUGUUUUUUUUUGUCAGCAAGUUGUUGGUAAGUAUUAAUUAGCCUUUUGACAUCAUAACAUAUGUUGAAAUUAAUAACAAUAUAAUAGAUGCAACUAAAUACCAUAAUAAUUACAAAUACAAUAAUAACCACCUCACCGAAAAACCGUUAGCGGUUCUGAAUCUCCCCGAGAAAACAGCGGUGACUGACUGACAGCGUCCUGUUUACAUGAGCGCCAUUUAACCGACAUGGUCCAACCACAGGUCAGGGCGGGAAAAUUUGAAGCGUUGCUCUACUUCGAUAACUAUGAUUGGUUUAGCCCACCAGCGCUGAAAAAAGUAACAUAAGCUUUAGCAGCGGCCUGGAUGACAUAGGCUUGCACUGAUUAAGUUUAAUAAACACUAAACUAACGAAACAAACAAUAUGAACAUGCGAUAAUCAUUAUGUAGACAAGUUCAGAGGUGUGCAAACUCGGUCCUGUAGAGUUUAGAUUCAACUGGUCUCCACACCUGCCUGAAAGUUUUUAUUAUGCCUAGAAAUAUAUUGAUUAGCUGUUUCAGAUUUAAUUUGGGUUGGAACUAAACUUUGCAGAACAGUGGGCCCUCAGGAGCAGGAUUGGUCACCCUCGCACUAACGUUAGUUCAUGCAUAGUUAAAAUGGUUACCUUAAUGCUGAAACUCCGGCUUCAGCGGAUGUGCUGGCCCCGUUCCCCCGACUAUAACAAUGAAAACAUUGUUAUAAACAUUGAAAACAUACUAUACAAUGCCAUGAAACAGACUUAUUUUACCUACCUGUAAUGAAACCUGCGGAGUGUACUGCAUGGCGUACAUGCGUAUCGUCUCUAAUCAAGAAGUGAAGGAGUGACUGGCACGUGCUUCCCAGAAAUGAAACCACACCCCACUCCAUGACGUAUUUACAGCUAUUUUAGCUCCAUGACUUUUAAAAUAACAUUUUUUUUUUUUCAACUGUGAAGAAAAUUAAAUAAAAUAAAAUAAACUUUUUUUUUGUUGUCAUCUUUAACUUUGUUUGAUUUAAUUUUAAUUUAACUUUCAUGCAACACAAACACCUGCAGACUUUUAUAAUGGCACUCAAUUCAAACUUAUGUUUUAUCCACUGGUCAAAAAUGUCCCGUGGCCAUGAUUUACAUGAGCCACAACUAGUAAAUGAAUAAAACUCUUCAAAUAUUAAAUGUACCAAAUGUGAUUGUUCAUAUGCUCUGGUGAUAUGACAAAUUACAGGAAAACAACUGGGUCCAGCACAUUUUGUGCUUGGGCCCUAAAAAGACUAAAGACUAAAUGAUUUUGUAUACAUAACUAUAAAAGCUUCAUUAAAUGCACUUAUUAAAAAAAAUAAAUAAAUAAAAAUAAAAUAAAUAAAUUUCUUCAAAAGCUUGUUGCGCUAAAAAUUAUUGUCUCGUGACAUUAAAAUUUGGCAGAUCAAAAUAUAUUUUUACAUUUAAAGGAGUACUACAAUAAUGACAUUUUGGCCAACCAUUCUUCAGAGUUUAGAUCUCUUAACCCUCAACCAACAUUCAUCAACUAGUUAGAAGUAGAGAUAAACUUUACAACCUUGUCCUAGACUUAAAAUUUAGUCACAAAGUAACUAGUUGAAUUAAAUGUAUUAAUAAACAUCAUCUAAAAAGUAGUGACCACACACAGGUUUAAUAAGCUUUUGUAUACAAUUUCUAGGCACACAUUUAGGUUCAAUACAUAAAAUGACAAAACUGACAGUUAAUGUUAUAUUGUUUCCCCCACUACAGAAAGUUCUCUACAGUCAACAGCACUCACUCAACGACAGUAGCCACAGUUCACACUGUCAAAAACAAGGUAUGUGCUCAUAUGUACUCAUUACCUUUAAUGCAUUAAGCCAUUGGUUCUCAAUUCCGAUCUUGGGGACCCACAAAAUUACACAUUAUGGAUGUCUCUCUCAUCUAUCGUGCUGUUUAGAGCUUCUAUUAUAUGAGUUGAAUCAUAUGUACUAAUGAACACAUCCAAAAUGUGCAAUGCAAGGGGCUUCCAGGACUGGAGUUGAGAACCACUGCAUUUAGCAGGUUAGUACAAUGUACUUUGUUUUGUUAAUGUCUCAGCACCAUGGCUGGCAAAAAACAAUCGUACUGGACAUUGCGAAGAAAAGCCAAAAAGAAGGUGGACGAACAACUGCAGUCAAUGCAAGCAGUAUCAUCACCAUCCUGGAGGGAGGAGUAUGGUAGCAUGCAAAGUGACACAAGCAGCACCGCUGAUGAUGACGAUGUCGAAUUUAUGGAUUGUCUGUCCCAAAUCGAUGAGCCUGAAUGCGUCACCAUGGCACAUUCUUCAUAUAGUAGUGAAUCUGACACAGACUCAGACACAGAGUGAUAGUGGAGUUUGUGGGAGAAGAGACAACUGGACCUGUAGCAAAGUCCUGGUACUCAGAUGGCCAAUCGUGAUGGCCUCCAUUCAAAGACUUGGACCGGUUGCUGAAGAGUGUCAGGAUGAUGGAGGCACCACAGCCAGAUAAAGGGUGGACCAAACAUCAGGCCAGAAUUCUGCACGAGUCAGGUAAGUUAAACUACACUGUAAAUAAACAUUAUUAAAACAUCACAUAAAACGAGAUCACUAAUACAUGACAUCCCAAGGCCUAAUGCUUUCAUGAAUUGAGUUAAGAUACUUUGUUUCUUUCAGCAUCUUUUGACAAGAUUUCCAAAAAAUGGAAAAAGGCAUGCUACACUUCUGACAUUUCUGAAUCUGAAAUUCCUGGAAAAAGAAUUCACAAGUAAGUUGUCAAUGUUUUCUUUUAGUUGACAAACAGGGCAGUGUUAUUACCCAUCUAAUCCUGCUUUGUAAAAUAAUGUAAUACCCUGAUUUUGCUCUCAGAAAGAAAAAUAUACUCAUCAGAUGAUGAGCCUUAAUGAUACCCCCCACAAAAAGAAGAAAAUUAAUAGAGAAAAAGUUCCACCUGCACCAAAAGUUCCACCUGCACCAAAAGCUCCAGCACCCCCAAAACACUUCAAGACAAAAGGUAAAAAUACAUUGAAUCUAGUUCAAUAAAUCAAUCUAGUAAAUAAAUGAAUCUAGUUAAACGAUUGCUAGACACAAGUGUAUAACUGCUGUGUUUUGUUUUUUUUUUCCAGGUCCUAUUGUACGACCUUUGCUUACACCAAGUAGAGUGGGGAAAUCUUUCAGCAAUUGUGAGUUUAAAUUUAUAAAACUGAUAUUUCUGAUAGUUUUAAGCAUUUUGUGUCAUGUCCAAGAAUGCUCCUUAUCCAGAGUAAAAUUAAUGUAAUGCACAGGCUCUAGUGACUUGUUGCUUUACAAAAAUGUUUUGCUUUUUCAAAUUCACCCAAUUCUAUUGUUAUUUUAACAGUUUGGACAGAAUUAACAUCAUUACAUUUAUAACUCAAGGUUUUACACGCUAAACGAAGCAUAUCAAACAUUUGAUUGCUAAUUAGAGGCAACGGCACUCUCAAGCUUUAGUAAGCCUUUGUGUAGUACAAAGAAAUAGUCUCAGGUUACGCAUAUAACCAUGGUUCCAUGAGAUGGGGAACUCGCACUGCAUCCGAAGACACUUUGGGGAAUGCCAAAGUGUAUUUGGACGCAGUGCGAGUUCCCAUUCGAAAGGGAAUUUGUUUUGAUGGAGGCAGACAUCACACAUUCACAUACCAAUUCUUUCAACAGCAUGUGGGUCAAGUUUAUGAUCACAAAAUAAACAUAGUUAACAUACAGUGCGUGCACAAUCAUUAUGCAAGUCCAAUGAGCAUUUCACUGUCCAAUGAUCAUGCCUUAAUUGUGCAUUUUCUAGUAUUGCAUCUUUUUUACGGGCAUUUAGUAAUUUUUGACUUUCCAGUGUGAGUUAAAUCUCUGGCCACGUUCACACGGUCAGUUUUUGAGAUUGACAACUGCAUUUACUUUCAGGUGUGAGCCUCGAAAUGUCCUGUUCACACAGCAACUCUGGAACACUGUCUGUAUGAACAUGCAGCGAGAGUCAAGCCCUUCUCUUACUAGUAACCAUAACGACAGUGACCAACGUAAUAUUAAAGAUGGCAACGUCCAUAUAACUGAAAAGUCUUAUUACUUUUGACGUGACAAGAUACCAUUUGAACCGCAAGUUCAUCCAUCAAAAAUUCAUUAACUAACAACAGCAUGUAAACACACACUAGCCGGAGUCUUUAACCGCUGCGCUCAAGUGUCACGUCCUUUGCGGCGUCUCGCACAUGACACAGCAUCUGAAUUUGGAAAAGAAACACAAAAUGGAAGCUGCUCCGAUGGAGAACAGUGACUGGAUCUAAUACCUUCAGGUGACACACAGCACAUAUCUCUGUCGCUGUAAGUUACCGAAAGUGAAACUACACACAAAACACCUUAAGCCCGGGACACACUGCACGAUUUUUAGCUAUCCCAGACGAAAGAUUGCCAUCGUGAAACAAUCGUGGCGAUUUCUGUGAUCGUGGCUCUUAAUCGGUGGUCCUAUGUUGUACAGUGAGAGAGGUUCAAAGACGGCCGUUUUUCCGACAUGGUGCUAAAACUUAAAACUGCUUACCUCAAGCUCUUUUUCAUUCUUUCGCCGCUUCCUUUUUAUUUUCAGCACAUAAAAACUACAACUGCCAAAGUGUGAUUCAACAUGGUGUUUUGUUUACCACUAGCGCAUGCUGAUGACGUUUUAUUCUUCUAUAGAAACUUGCGUAGCCUAUGCAUCAACAGGUGUCUUCAUUGUACAGUCUACAUGCAUGUCGUACCCAAGUUUAAUAGAUCCGUGUCACACAGUGUGAUUUGUAAUGAUCUUAUAGGAUUGCUAAAAUCGUGCAGUGUAUCCCAGGCUGUAGAAGAGCGUCUCUCUCGCACUGUAUGACGUGACAGACAACUAGUUGUCCAAAACGGUUCCGUUCACACAGCACAGAUUUUCUGAGAAUGCGGUUGUGAGUCCUGAAAAUUUACGGGUGAGUUCAGUUAUAGAAUGCGGUUGUCACUCCCGUAAAUAACCUACUGUGUGUGAACGUAACCGUAUUAAGGACUCAAAUACAGGACUGACAACUGUAUUCUUCUGCUGUGAGAGCAUGGCCUCUUUUUUGGCAAAUUUUGCUUAUAAAAGAAAACCUGAUUAAAAAUAAUGCACACCUGAAUAUAAGGUGUUUUUCCAGCCUUCAUUAACAAUUAUAUAUCACUUAUAAAUGAUUAUAUACAAAUUAAAAGUAGUUAAGACUGAUGUGGUUUGGAUUGGUAAAAUGUGCUUGAAAUAAAGAUAUGAUCAGAAUAUCAACUUGCAUAAAAAUUACGCACGCACUGUAGAUGUUUAGUCACGCACUUAUAUUCUGCCUAAUGUCAGAAAGUUGCAGGCCUCUAUAAUGAAUGAACCUUCAUUAAACCAGCCAAUAAAAAUGAAAAUGUCAUGUAAAAUUACUUUAGUACAUACAACCUUUACCAAUUCCACCACUCUCAGCUCCAGAUGUACCAGUGAGCUUCUCCCAGGCAGACGAGCAAGAUGAACAUCAACCUAACAUUCAAGAGAACACAUUCUCUGUCCCGAGACCCUAUCAAGACCCAAGACCGUCUACACACCAAGGAAGAAUGCAAGACUCCAGUUGUACCAGUGAGCUUCUCCCAGGCAGAUGAGCCCCAAGAUGCUUGGGGUGAACACACACCUAACAUUCAAGAUAAUGCAUUUUCUGUCCUGAGACCUUCAGGUUCCAAGCAAGGAAGAACACCACGCCACCAACGGGAUCUUUGGCAUGAACACCCACCUAACAUUCAAGAGAACACAUUCUCUCACCCGAGACCCUAUCAAGACCCAAGACCAUCUACACAUCAAGGAAGAAUGCAGAGUAAGUACAAAAACAAAACAAAAAAUCAGUCAUUACUGAGGUAUAACUUAAGAGCCCUCGUGUACCAGUUUAUGCACUGUCAUGGUAGCAAAUGCAACUAACUUUACCCUUAACUACCUUUCUCAGCUCCAGCUGUUCCAGUGAGCUUGUCUCAUAUAAAUGAGCAAAAGGAUGUUUGGGGUGAUAACUGUAAUGAUGGGUCGGCAGAGCGGAGAUCCAUUUGCAAGCUUUAUUAAAUAAGAGCGUGGUCGUACAGGCAAGGUUAGACAGGAGCAAACAGGAACAGCAAGGGACAGGCAGAAUCGUGGUCAGGAUACAGGCAGUAGAUCAGGGCAGGCAGAAAACGUUCACAGUCCAGAUAACAAAUAGUCCAAAGGCAGGCAGCAGGGAAUUAUAAACAGGUAACCAGACAGGAUCGAUAACAGGCAGACAAUAAACACAGGAAACCGCUCAGAAUUGAACACAGGGUGAAUCAAGACUUCGCCCUCAGGUGGUGUGUGUGUGAGUCUUUUAUAGUCCAGGUAGUGUGCUAAACUGUAUGUGGCAACAGGUGAUUGGUGUGGAGUGUGCAUGUGAUUGGCAGGGAGGAUUAUGGGAAGUGGAGUCCAGGAACUGACAGGAACAGACAGUGAUCGUGACAUAACGCCCCCCUUCCGGAAGGCGCGUCCUCGCGGCGUAAAUGGCACAGAUAGGGAGGGGGGGUGGGUGCAUUGGAGACGUGGACCGGAACAGGGUCUCCAAUGCAGAUCCAGGAACUCAGGCAGCCACGGUGGGUCAUGUGCCACGGGCAACCAUGGCGGGUCAGGUGCCACAGGCAGCCAUGGCGGGUCAGGUGCCACGGGCAUCCACGGCGGGUCAGGUGCCACGGGCAGCCACGGCGGGUCAGGUGCCACGGGCAGCCACGGCGGGUCAGGUGGCUUAGGCGGCCAUGGUAGGUCAGGUGGCUUGGGCGACCACGGCAGGUCAGGUGGCUUGGGCGGCCACGGUAGGUCAGGUGGCUUGGGCGGCCACGGUAGGUCAGGUGGCUUGGGCGCCCACGGCAGGUCAGGUGGCUUGGGCGCCCACGGCAGGUCAGGGUCCGUAGCCGGCCACAGCAGUUCACAGGCAGUUGAAGGCCAUGGUCGUAUAAGGUCCCCACCCGCAAGCUCAAGCAGUUCGGAGGCCGCUGAUGAUCGUGGCCGUGCAGGGUCCCCACCCACAAGCUCCCCACCCACAAGCUCCCCACCCUCAGGUAUAUGGCCCCCCCCAAAAAAGUUCUUGGGGAAUUCAACGGAGGCCGUGGCGGUUUCGUGGGUAAGGAGCUCGGGUGGCGCCGGCAGGGCGAGGAGCUCAACGACGGCCUCCGUGGCCGUAUCAGGAAGAGCGGGCUGCUCUGGGACGGCCUCCGGGCCUACAGCGGGCUCUGGGACGGCCUCCGGGCCUACAGCGGGCUCUGGGACGGCCUCCGGGCCUACAGCGGGCUCUGGGACGGCCUCCGGGCCUACAGCGGUCUCUGGGAAGGCCUCAGGGCCUUGAGGGAUGGAGGAAGCCUUCUUCCUCCUCCUCCUCCUCCUCCUCCUCCGUUUACGUGGUUGAGGCGGUGGGUCUGUGCCUACCUCCUCUGUGGGCUCUGCAGCGGGCUCACGGGUUGGAGCGGACUCACGGACUGGAGCUGGUUCUGGAGUGGACUCACUGGCUGGAACGACCCCUAUGUUCCCAGACACUGGCGGGGCGGCCAUCUUGCCCGUGGGCACUGGCAAAGCGGCCAUCUUGUCCAUAGCAUCCAGAGAGUUUGAGUGAGUAGCAACCGGCGAGCUUGAGUGCGUAGCAACCGGCGAGCUUGAGGGCGUAGCAACCGGCGAGCUUGAGGGCGUUGCAACAGACGAGCUUGAGGGCGUUGCAACAGACGAGCUUGAGGGCGUUGCAACAGACGAGCUUGAGGGCGUUGCAACAGACGAGCUUGAGGGCGUUGCAACAGACGAGCUUGAGGGCGUUGCAACAGACGAGCUUGAGGGCGUUGCAACAGACGAGCUUGAGGGCGUUGCAACCGACGAACUUGAGGGCGUAGCGGCCAGCGGGCUUGAGUGUGAAGCGGCCGGCGGAGGCUUAGGAAUGCCAGCCACUCGUGCUGAAGUCAGCGGUGGAUCAGCCACACUGGAAUGCAACCCACUCCGCUCCCAAACAGAUCCAGAGACGUGAUGUAAAUCUAGAAGAUCAGCGGAGAUGGGACGUGACUCGGGAAGUUUAACUUGGACUUGACUUGGCAUUGUAGUAGUGGUGGCCGCCAUUUUGUGAGUGUCAUCUGGCGCGGCAGCCAUUACGCGACCAGACGAGGUGUCGCAUUCCUCCGCGACACCCACAGUAAACGGAGAGCCAACAUUCAAUAAAGCAUGAUCCAGAAACUGACUUAGAGAUGAACGGGGUCCCUCACGAAUGAGUUGUGAUUUGAGUGGCUGAUUAAUGCCCUCACAGAAAAAGUCUAUCAGCGCACAGUCCGGCAAGUCUGAAUGAUAAGCAAUGUCCAAAUAUUCCACAACAUAUUCCUCCAGCGAUCGUGAGCCCUGCUUGAGCCCUAAUAACAAUAAUGCAAGGUUCCUACCAGACCAGUGUUCAUCAGAAAAGCUGCUGGAUCGUUGUUUUGGCAAAGUCUUCUGUAAUGAUGGGUCGGCAGAGCGGGGAUCCAUUUGCAAGCUUUAUUAAAUAAGAGCGUGGUCGUACAGGCAAGGUUAGACAGGAGCAAACAGGAACAGCAAGGGACAGGCAGAAUCGUGGUCAGGAUACAGGCAGUAGAUCAGGGCAGGCAGAAAACGUUCACAGUCCAGAUAACAAUAAAUAGUCCAAAGGCAGGCAGCAGGGAAUCAUAAACAGGUAACCAGACAGGAUCGAUAACAGGCAGACAAUAAACACAGGAAAACGCUCAGAAUUGAACACAGGGUGAAUCAAGACUUCGCCCUCAGGUGGUGUGUGUGUGAGUCUUUUAUAGUCCAGGUAGUGUGCUAAACUGUAUGUGGCAACAGGUGAUUGGUGUGGAGUGUGCAUGUGAUUGGCAGGGAGGAUUAUGGGAAGUGGAGUCCAGGAACUGACAGAAACAGACAGUGAUCGUGACAAUAACCCAUCUAACGUUCAAGCGACAUUGGGCAUCUCUCAGGCAGACCAUCACGGAGCCGGCUAUGGUGUUGAUCCACCUAACACACAAGAGCACACCUUUUCUGUCCUGAGACCCUCAGGUGACCACCAAGGAAGAGAACAGAGUAUGUUACCUACAAAGUAUUUUUGUACAUAUGUUGUUUUAUGCUGUCAUGAAAACCAUCAGCCUCAGCUUACUUUAAGUUUUUACUUUCCAACUCCCCCAUUUUCAGCUCCAGUGUGUCUUUUAAAGGAUUAGUUCACCCCAAAAUGAGAUUUGUCAUUAAGUACUCACCUUCAUGUUGUUCCACACCCGUAAGACCUUCGUUCAGAACACAAAUUAAGAUAUUUUUGAUAAAAUCUGAGAGAUUUCAGUUCCUCCAGUCUUUGCAACUGACACUUUAACUCUUUAAAACGAUCAUAAAGGGCCUGUUUACAUCUGGUCACUUCAUGCGUUUUUACAGAUCGGACGAUUUCAUUUACACUUGGCCACAUAAAUGUGUCACUGCAAAAUGGAUAUAAAUCCGAUCUUCAAUUCCCACGCUAUAUGCAAAUUUAAUGGAUUACACGUCAAUGAAAGAAACAGAUAUAAGCUGCAUUUUAUUGGUCAUCAGCUAGCUAAUUUCGGAAUCAAAGACCGCAAUAGGAGAGAGAGCGGCAUCAGCACUGGUAAGAUCAAUGAUCAAUGUUUACAUGCGAGUAAAAACCUAAAUUGAAUCUGUUCAUCAUAUAAAGCAAUCAAGUCUUCAGAAAAUUUGGACUAAACUGCUAAAUUCAUAUGGAUUAGUUUUCUGAUCUCUUUAUAAACGUUCUGAAGAGUCCAAGUGUUCAUUGCAAAGGCAGU